UACUCCUUUUAGCACGUUUUCGUUGUGUUUCGGUUGUUGGUUAAAAGCUGUGUGCAGACAGUUCUCCAGGAAUUUGUUAAAUUUCUCUGAAAAGGAUGUCCUCUGGUGAUCCUUUGGGUAUCAUCGCAACAAAGGCAAUGCUCUUGCAUAGUCAGAAUUCAUCGGAUUUCACAGCGGUGGUGUUUGAGGAGAAAAAACGUGUGAGAGGUGAAAAGAAAAACAAAAAUCCUAACCUCAAAGAAGUAUCGAAAAGUAUCGAUAAUGCAGAUGAGGAGGUGUUCGACAUUCGAAAGGCGCGAAAUGAGGUGCUCAAAUUUGGAUUAUCGGGCUUUGAAGACGUUGAAAAGCAGAAAGUUCAGGUGGCAAUGGCUAUAAAAUUAGGUGCUAAGCCCCCCAAGAGAGGUUACAAAAACUACAAGGUUCUGCAGGAGGAACGAAAGCGAGCUAAGGAAGAGAAAGCUGAACAAGAAUCAUUUCAAACUUUGGGCAAAAAAUCUACAGGAGAAGCAAUUUUUAAUCACAAAAAAUUCAGCAAGGGUCGCAGGAAACGGAAGGAUGAUGUGGAAGUUCUCAGGGAAUAUGGAAAAAUAUCUACGGUGGACAAAAAAAUCCCAGAAGCAGCAGCUAAAAAGAGGAAGAGAAGCUGAGCAAAAGUGCGAUUAAAUAUAAUUUCUAUUUAUAAUUUCUAUUCUAAUAAUAUAGAUUUAUUUCUCAAUUUGUGGUACACAAAAAUAAUGUGUUUUUUUUAUUAUAUAUAAAAUUUUUGUUCUUUGAGAAGAGU